AUGAAGAAAGAAGCUCGUAACUUUGCGUUCCUCUCUCGAUCUGGCGCUGACCCAGAGCAAGCUUCUCUGCUUGUCAAUGAAUUGAAAGCCGCUGGCGCCAACGUUCAGGUGUUUCGGGGAGAUGCUGGUAUGAAGUCCGAUAUUGAAGAGGUCAUCAAUUCUGUACCUGGCGACCGGCCUAUCAGGGUAGUGCUGAAUGCUGCUACGGUACUGCGGGUCACCGGCGCAAAGAACCUGCAUGAAGUCCUUUCCCAUCUUCUCCUAGAUUUCUUCGUGACAACAAGAUCAGUUUCUGGGGUAUUGGGAACACCGGGACAAAGCAACUAUGCUGUGAGAAACGGCUAUCUCGAUGCUAUUGCACGGUACCGUCGCUUCCACCGGCAAAAUUCAGUCUCGAGCAUUCUUCCAAUGAUCCUCGGAGUCGGGGUGAUCGCAGAAAACAACAAGCUCGAGGGGUCACUCCGAUGCAAGGGAGUGUAUGGCAUUGACGAAGAAGUCUCCACGGCUUUGAGAUUGCGAUCAUUGAACAGGUUCGAGAGUUCCGACCACAUUGUUGUUGGAUUGGAUCCAAUGGAGCUCACUAAAGCAACACAGGAAGCAGGUGACGUCGACAGUUUUUGGGCCCCGGAUGUGCGAUUCAACCACACUGUUUGGGCUACAAAAUCCCAAAGUGAGAAUGUGUCUGCUGGAGGCGGGAGUCCAUGUAUCCUGUCCUUGCUGCAAGAUUUCGAAUCUAUCGAGGCGGUUCAGGCUAUGCGUGAGCACUUUAUUGCGAAGCUUUCCCGCAUGUUGAUGCUUGACAUGGACGAGUUUGGAGAAGAGAGCCGGUGUAUUGCAAUCUAUGGAGUAGAUAGUAUUAUUGGUGCUGAGUUGCGAAAUUGGACCUUCAAGGAGCUGCUGGGUCUCGAUAUUUCUUUCCAGCAGCUGUUGGGUCCAAAUUUGACAAUCAUCAAGUUUGUAGAGCAUGGGCUUACAAGGGUGAUAUAG